CGGCGGCCGGGACGGAGGGAGCCGAGGCCCGAAGGGACCGGGAGGGGCCGGCGGGGCUGCCGCGGGUGCCGCCCCCCGGGGGCGAUGGUAAAAUGACCCAGGCGGGCAAGAAGAAGAAGCGCGCCGUGAACCGCAGCAUCAUGCUGGCCAAGAAGAUCAUUAUUAAAGACGGCGGGACGCCUCAAGGAAUAGGCUCACCUAGUGUCUACCAUGCCGUUAUUGUAAUCUUCUUGGAGUUUUUUGCUUGGGGACUCCUGACAGCUCCCACUCUGGUGGUUUUGCAUGAAACCUUCCCAAAACAUACAUUUCUAAUGAAUGGUCUAAUUCAAGGAGUAAAGGGCUUAUUGUCGUUUCUCAGUGCCCCACUCAUAGGUGCCCUGUCUGAUGUGUGGGGACGAAAGUCCUUCCUGCUGCUAACAGUGUUUUUCACCUGUGCACCAAUACCACUAAUGAAGAUCAGCCCAUGGUGGUACUUCGCUGUUAUCUCCGUGUCUGGAGUUUUUGCAGUGACAUUUUCUGUAGUUUUUGCAUAUGUAGCAGACAUAACCCAAGAACAUGAGAGAAGCAUGGCCUAUGGUUUGGUUUCAGCAACUUUUGCGGCAAGUUUAGUCACCAGCCCUGCUAUCGGUGCCUACCUUGGUCGAGUGUACGGAGACAGCCUGGUUGUGGUCCUGGCUACAGCAAUAGCCUUGUUGGACAUUUGUUUCAUCCUUGUUGCUGUACCAGAAUCGCUGCCAGAGAAGAUGAGGCCAGCAUCCUGGGGAGCACCCAUUUCGUGGGAGCAGGCUGACCCUUUUGCAUCACUGAAGAAAGUCGGCCAGGACUCCAUUGUGCUGCUAAUCUGCAUAACAGUCUUUCUUUCCUACCUCCCAGAGGCAGGUCAAUAUUCCAGCUUCUUCCUAUACCUCAGACAGAUAAUGGGAUUUUCAUCUGAAAGUGUUGCAGCAUUUAUAGCAGUCCUUGGGAUUCUUUCCAUUAUUGCACAGACAAUAGUUUUGAGCUUACUUAUGCGGUCCAUUGGAAAUAAAAAUACCAUCCUACUGGGCCUAGGAUUUCAAAUACUGCAGCUUGCGUGGUACGGCUUUGGAUCAGAACCAUGGAUGAUGUGGGCAGCCGGUGCCGUGGCAGCCAUGUCCAGCAUUACUUUCCCAGCUGUCAGUGCCCUGGUUUCACGGACUGCUGAUGCCGACCAGCAGGGUGUUGUUCAAGGGAUGAUAACAGGCAUUCGAGGACUGUGUAAUGGUUUGGGACCAGCACUUUAUGGUUUUAUAUUCUAUAUAUUUCACGUUGAAUUGAAUGAACUGCCCAUGCCUGAAUCACCAUCAGGAGGUAGUGUGGUUGCACAAUACCAUUUACAACAGAAUUCCAUUAUUCCUGGACCCCCAUUCUUAUUUGGAGCGUGCUCUGUGCUGUUGGCACUACUUGUUGCCUUGUUUAUUCCCGAACACACAAACCUAAACGUACGAUCCAGCAACUGGAAGAAACACUGUGGCAGCCAUGGCCAUCCCCACAGCCCACAAGCUCCUGGUGAAGCUAAAGAACCAUUACUGCAAGAUACAAACGUAUGACGAAAAUCCAGGAAGACCUUUUGGACUCUUUUCAUCAGCAGUUUGGGAUACACAUUCCAAUUCCAUCAAAAUGUAAUUUCUUAAGGUAAUCUUAAGAAGUAUCUUUCUGCAUGAAAUCUGUAGGAAUUAAAACAGGAGCUUUCUCCAAAGAUGUUGCCAUUGAACUAAAAACUUACUUGCUUUUAUAAACAAACUGUUACAUACUCGUCUGUUGCCAUGAAAUACUGUUACUGCUAAACUUAACUUUACAUUCUAGUUCAGAGACAAAAAGUAGAGUCCAGGCAUGAGCAUGUGUCCUUCUGUUUCCUUACGGUGGUGAGCUUUAAUUCUAGUCACGCUACGUCUCAAUGAGACAUACUGGCAUCUGUGUGGACCCAUUCGUUUUAAAAUCUUGGGUCAGUUGAUUCAAAGCCUUAAUGUAAAUGUACUCAAGUAGGAAGAAGGUAAAUUGGUAUCAUUUCUUUUAAAAGUCACAUGGCAGGUUUUUUUAAGUUUGUACUAAUACAAAAAUCACAUGAGCACGCUUGCUGAACAGUAAAAGUUAUUUUUUAUGUAAGUGCAUUUACUCUUUCUAUUUUUGAAUAAACGGUAGUGUCAAACACUUGUUUAAAUAGUAAGUGGGUGUUUUGAGCCUACAAAUUUUAAUAUUGGCUCUAAAACUCUGCUUUCCUACGCACCGUUUAUUAUACCACUAUAUUUCUGAAGUUUGCGUAAUCAUAAGGACCUCAAAACUUGAAAACACAGACUGAACUAUAAGCUGAUAGCCUUGAAUCUGUCCGUGUGCUAUAUAGUGGCCUUUGAGGACUGUCACAAUAACCCUUUUGCAUUACAGAGCUAAAGUUUUAGUCCUAAAUUUUCAGGACCCUUAGUACAGAAGAGAGCUUUAUAUACAAUUACUGAUGUGAAUUUCUCUAAAAGUGUAUAUUUUUGUGUCCAGUUGUAUUAUUUAAGUGUUCCUUUGUAUAAAUUUGUGUAUAAAGUAUUGUAUAGGUUUAAAAUGUUUUCAUCUUGUGGUUAUUGCUUAAUGCUUUUUUACCUUUGAACAUUCACCAUGGUUGACCAAGAGCAGGAAAAAAGAUAUGUAAAUAUACUGUUAAUAAAGUUGAAUAUUUUAAUGAAUUUUUAAAUAAUUGUUAACGUCUCUUAAAACCUUAGUUGAAGUGCUGUAGUGCACGUGUGUUACACUUCAGCAGAUGAGCAAAGUCAGCUGGAGUACAGGUGCAGCAGGUUUUAUGUGUCAGAUAUAAAGCAGCCUUGGAAUUAUCCCUGCUAUCCAGCAGCACAGGCUGGCUGCAGCUGGCUCCUUGUUUCCUGGGGGAGCAAAGGCAACAGGAUGGCCAUAGAUCCAGGCUCCAAGAAACAGGUCAGUUAGUUACACACAGCCACCCUUUCCAGUGCUGCAGGGAUCAGUCGGCCCUGGCCCACUAAGCUUCUAUUUUGUAUUUGCUGUGAAGAGGCCUGGGAGACUGGAAAGCUGCCACCCUCUGAUUGACAGCAGCUCAUCUGCAGGUGGAGACAAACAGCAAGUUCAGUCACUUACACCAACGGACCCUUAGAAAUGGGGCUGUAAGCACAGGGUGGCUGCCAGGGGGGAAUUUGUACAGCGGGUGGGGAAAGGAAACUGCAGGACAAGGGUGGAAUAAAUAGUGCUGUUCUGGCACCUGCCUCAUCUGGGAAUUUCGGUACAAUGGAGAUGUUGGUUUAGUACCCUUAAAACAUUAAUAAUCAGAGCUUUUGAUAAAAAACAUUUAAUAUUUCCAUUGAAACUUACACAUGACAAAACCAGUGAAUAUACAUUAACAUGGUGCUGAUUUAUAAACAAAUGUACACAUUUCACACAGCAAAACAAACCACUUAAAUGUACAAUCCUCAGGCUGCACUUAAAUAACUAAGAUAAAAAGUAUGGAACAUCUGUAACAGAAGUAUGGAAAUAAUCAUUUUAAGUGUACUGUGCCUGUACAUGCCUACUGGUUCUGGAGGGGGACACCAAAU